AGUACAUGAUGAUGCUGAGAGAGAGAGGAGGAAGGACGACUUUGUAAACACGUGUUAGCGACGCGUCUCCGCCGCUGAGUCGCAUCUUCAUCUUCUUCAUCUUCUUCAUCCUCGUCAUCCUCCCCCCUACCCCCGUUGUGACGUCAGUCGGCCCCAUUGACAGCGGCGGAGCGCACGCGGCGCGACGGCUCCCAGUUUCACCCGCGCGGCUCCUCGCGCUCCAGCCCUCGCGCCCCCGGCAGGAGGAGCCGCGGUGAUCCGGCGCCUCCCUGAUGAUGCUCGGAUGAUGAAGGAGGAGGCGGAGGCGGAGGCGGAGGCGGAGGAGAAUGUCGGUGUCGGUGUCGGUGCUCCUGGCGGCGGAGCGGCGCGCUUCUUCGGGGACGGUGCGUGCGCGCGUCCGAGCGACAGAAGGAGCCCGGCGAGCUGCGCAGCGCCCUGCGGCAUCAUCAAGGACGGCUCCAAGCAGAAGCAAGUGCGUAAGAAGACUGUUUCCUUCAGCACCAUGCCCAGUGAUCGCAAAAUCAACAGCACGGCAGCCUGUAUGGCCUUCAUGAUGGAGGGCUGUGAGAUGAAGAAGGUGCGCUCCAACUCCCGCAUGUAUAGCCGCUACUUCCUGUUGGACUCGGACAUGAGGUACCUCCACUGGGAGCCCUCCAAAAAAGACUCUGAGAAGGCCAAGCUAGAGAUUAAGAGCAUCAAGGAAGUGAGGUUAGGGAAGAAGACCCCAAUGCUGCGCAGCAAUGGCCUAUCAGACCAGUUUCCAGAGGAAUGUGCGUUCUCCAUCAUCUAUGGGGAAAAUUAUGAGUCCUUGGACUUGGUGGCCAGCACGGCAGAUGUGGUGAACACCUGGGUGAUGGGUCUGCGCUACUUAGUGUCCUAUGGAAGGCAUCCAGUGGAUAUUGUAGAGCCUAGCAAACCCAGCCUAAGGACCUCCUGGAUUAGCUCUGUGUUUGACACUGCUGACCUAGAAAAGGAGGGGUAUAUCAGCCUGUCGAGAGCUACCCAGAUCAUUGGUGAAUUGAACCCUGGCAUGAAGGCAUCACAAAUAGAGCUGAAGUUCAAGGAACUUCAAAAGGAGAGGGAUCAGUAUAAGGAAGACAUAACGGCUGAGAUAUUUACUGAAGCCUACUGUGAGCUGUGUACAAGGCCUGAGAUUUUCUUCCUGUUGGUGCAGUUCUCUAGCAACAAAGAAUACUUGGACUGCAAGGACUUGAUGCUGUUUGCGGAGGUGGAGCAAGGAAUGGAAGGAGUGUCUGAAGAGAUGUGUAUGGAGAUUGUUCGCAAAUAUGAGCUGUCCACGGACGGCAAGGAGCUGGGUUACCUUUCCAUCGACGGAUUCACACGCUACCUUCUCUCUACUGAGUGCCACAUUUUUGACCCCCAGCACAAACUGGUGUGUCAAGACAUGACACAGCCUCUCUCCCACUAUUACAUUAAUGCCUCGCACAAUACAUCGCUUCUUGAAGACCACUUCUGGGGCUCCUCAGACAUCAACGGCUACAUCAGAGCUCUUAAAAUGGGUUGCCGGAGCCUAGAUGUUGUGGUCUGGGAUGGUCAAGUCAACGAGCCUUACAUUUAUGUUGGGAGUUUGGUUGGUUCACAGCUGGCCUUCUGCAAGUUCCUAGAUGUCAUCAACCAGCAUGCCUUUGACAGCUCAGAAUACCCUCUUAUCCUCUGCUUGGUCACUCACUGUUGCGUUAGCCAGCAGAAAGUCAUGGUGCAGCACAUCAAGAAGAUUCUUGGGGACAAGCUUUACUUGAACCCUCCAGACUCAGCUGAACACUACCUGCCUAGUCCAGAAAAGCUGAAACGAAAAAUUCUUCUUAAAGGCAAAAAGUUGCCUCCCAACUGCUCAGAUUCUGAAGGGGAUGUCACCGAUGAAGAUGAGGGAAUCGAGAUGAUCAGCAGAGUUCGGAUGGAUGAGACGGAGCAGGUCAAUGGACUCAGCUGUAAGAAGCUGAGGUUGUGUAAAGAGCUGUCUGAUCUAGUCACAUUGUGCAAGUCGGUGCGAUUCAGGGACUUUGAAGUCUCAAAGAGGUGCCAGAAGUACUGGGAGAUGUGCUCUUUCAAUGAAGUGGAUGCCAGCAGAUUUGCCAAUGAAUACCCAGAGGAUUUUGUGCGCUACAACAAAAGGUUUGUCUCUCGGGUGUACCCAAGCCCCAUGCGGAUUGAUGCCAGCAACAUGAACCCUCAGGAUUUCUGGAAGUGUGGAUGUCAGAUUGUAGCCAUGAAUUACCAAACACCUGGUCUGAUGAUGGACCUCAACUCGGGCUGGUUCCGCCAAAAUGGAAACUGCGGCUAUGUACUGCGGCCGGCCAUCAUGAGGGAAGAAGUGUCAUAUUUCAGCGCCAAUGCUAGGGACUGUCUUCCUGGGGUCUCUGCCCAGUUGCUGCACGUCAAAGUCAUAAGUGGGCAGAACUUACCCAAGCCUAAGGGAUCGGCUGCCAAGGGUGAUGUAGUGGAGCCCUAUGUCUACGUGGAAAUUCACGGGAUCCCCGCAGAUUGUGCGGAGCAAAGAACUAAAACUGUCUCUCAGAAUGGGGACAAUCCUGUCUUUGAGGAGAACUUUGAGUUCCAGAUCAACCUACCUGAGCUUGCUGUGCUGCGCUUUGUGGUGCUGGAUGACGAUUACAUUGGGGAUGAAUUCAUUGGCCAGUACACCAUCCCAUUUGAGUGCCUGCAGCCUGGAUACAGGCAUGUUCCCCUGCAGUCCCUGACAGGAGAGUUCCUACCCAACACCACACUCUUUGUCCACAUUGCUAUCGCCAACCGCAGGGGCGGGGGCAAGGCUCACAAGAGGGGCCUCUCGGUUCGGAAGAGCCGCAGAGCCAGAGAAUAUACUUCCACCAAAACGACUGGGAUCAGGGUGGUGGAUGAGCUGUUCCGGGCAUCCAUGCAGCAGCUGAGAGAAGCCACAGAUCUCAGAGAAAAUGUUCAGAAUGCCAUGGUUUCCUUCAAGGAGCUGUGCGGCCUGACGCCGGCCGCCAACAUGAAGCAGUGCAUCUUGACGGUGUCCACCUGGCUGCUGAACAGUGAGCGUCCGCUUAGCGUCACAGUGGACCUCAGCAAGGCCUACCCCACCAUGGAGGCUCGAGGAGCCGUCCCAGAGCUUCUGCGCAAGGUCCUCGCUGCCUACGACACGAUGGUCCAGACGAGUCGAAUGCUGAUCGAAUCUGCGGACACAAUCUACUCCAGGCUUAUGGAAGCUCAGCAAGCAGGCUUAGAUUUCCACGAAGACCUUCACAGGAUUGGAGCAAAAGAGGGGCUCAAGGGGCAAAAGCUGCAGAAGGCCGUGGAGAGUUACGCGUGGAACAUAACGGUGCUCAAGGGCCAAGCCGACCUCCUGAGGCACGCCAAGAACGAGGCGCUGGACACACUGCGCCAGGUGCACUAUGCUGCUCAGUCCUGUGGGCUCACCAAGAACGGGGCUGAACCUUCUCCCGAGCUGCAGCAUCCCCGAGUCCCCCUACAGCCCAUCCCGGAGAGUGAGACGGGCAGUGACACGGGGUCCUGCUGAAAUGCCGAUGGGUCCUGGAGACCGCCGGUCUGAGGCCACGUUAAGGGUUUUGCGAUCAGGAGCAUCCGUUUGUCCUCAGAAGAGCCGAGCGCUCAAGCGCAGGAGUCGCAGAACAGACAAACUGGGGACCGUCCCUUCACCUGCUCCCGCUGUGGCUGAGGCUCUGGCUGAGCUCUAGCGAGGAGGCGUGCCGGAACUACCCUUCAGCUCGGAGGUGUCCGCCAUCAGGAGGUGCUUUACUCUCGAGUUGCACGUUCAUUACACCUCUGGCAGGGCGCACGCAAGGACCCAGCAAUCUCUCCAGGUUAGGGUUAGGGUUAUAUGGGCGCUGUAGCACCGAGCCACGCACGCACGCACGCACACACACACACACACACGCGCACACACACACACACACACACACACAGCAGCUCCGUGUUGCUCGGCCGUCCCUGGAGCAGCCUCCUCUCGGUCCCAACACUCCGCGGCCGUGCGACUCACGGCGACUCGCGUCCGACAGGAUUCUCCGGGUCGCACAAUGUACCGCGGUUCUUCUCUCCCUCCAUCUCAGUGCCUCCACAAGCACAUCAGCAAGGACUGGAAGUGCAGCGAAGAAAAGUAGGAAGACAAUAAGGGAGGGUAACAAGGUCUUUCUGUCACAACAUGGUAAUCAAGGAGUCCGUGGAAUAAAUCCAAUCCGCCGUCCAACAGUCCAGGUGGCUCUGUGUUCCACUAAGCAGCAUCUCUCACACUUGUGGCCAUUAGUGUUCGUUUAAGGGACCAGUGAGAGCGAGAGAGUGCAAGAGGCCCAGUGGGACGUGAUCGACUUGCCCAGAAAAUAAUCUCCACUUGUACGAAUUUACUGUACUGUGACGAGCUCCAAAGUGCUCUGUGAUGUCUGGUCUGCUACAGGUAAAU